AUGAAUCAUUUUCACAGCAGUAGUUCCCCGUAGUAGGAAUAAAAACAAAGUGACUGAGAAAAAAACUUCAUUUUUGUUCGAUCUUUGAAAGUUGUAACAAUGAGCGACGAGGGUCCUAAGCUUUACGCCAACAAACCCAAAAAAGCUCAAAUCAAACAAUUUCAAGAAUCAGCACCAUCAACAACAGCAUCUGCAUCAUACAAGAUGGGCUCUCAGUCCACUGCUCCGCCGCCGCCCCCACCUCAGCCGCCAAAGGAAUCUUUUGCCAGGCGUUACAAGUUUAUUUGGCCUCUUCUCUUGUCUGUCAAUCUUGCUGCUGGAGCUUACUUGUUCUUGAGAACUAAGAAAAAGGACCCAGAGGAAGAAGAAUUACCAAACAGUGUUCCUUCUACUCCAGUUUCAGCCACCCCUACUACUACAACUGCUUCAGAAAUUGAGAAACACAAUACACCACCCGCCAUUUCCGAACCUGUGAAGCCGCGUGAACCUGUCCCAGAGAAUCAACAGCGUGAACUUUAUAAGUGGAUGUUGGAAGAGAAACGGAAGUUGAAACCCAAAAAUCCGGAAGAGAAGAAGCGCAUUGAUGAAGAGAAAGCUGUUCUCAAACAGUUCCUUCGAGCAAAAUCCGUCCCCACUGUUUAGUCGGCCACGCUCUCUUAUUCCGACUUGAAUCAGCAGAUUUAUCUCUCAUCAAGUAUGAAAUCGAUGGUUCGCUGUGAUCUCGUAAAAAUUUAUUUCUUGAUCAAAUUUUAAAGAUGUCAUCUUUAAUUCUAAUUGCUAUUAUGAUUUUGAUGCUUUAUGUGAUAUGGUGAAAAAGAUUGUCCAUAAACUUGACUGAUUUGUAAUUGGCUCUGUACAUAUAAUCAAUUUCAAUGGUUUUAUCUUUUCAA